AUGGAAAAAGCUUCCAACAACAACUCCACGAAACUCUCGAAGAUGCUUCAAAGAGCGUUGUCCAUUGGUCACAGCGCGGCGCCGUUUACUCCGGCAAGAGAUCUCCGUCACCAACGCACGACUUCGAUGGCGAGCAGAGGAUUUUUCUUCUCCAGUCCAAUAACACCGUUGCUUCCGACGGCGGCUAGAGCUAGGAGAAAAAACAAAAACGCCGUCGUUUGGGCCGAGCCCACUUCGCCUAAAGUCUCCUGCAUCGGUCAGAUCAAACUCUCAAAGCCCAAAUGUCCUCCGGAGAAUAAAAACAGAGCAGCACCUAAGAAUCUCAAAAUGGCGUCGUCUUCUCUAAUUAAGGAAGAAGGCAAUAAAGGAAGCUUUUCGAAACUAAAACGUCUCUUCUCUACGGGAAGGAAUCCGUCGAGAAAGUCCAUCUCCACCGACUUGGCCGUCGUGAACGAAUAUCCGGUAGCGGUGUUGGAAGCGGUUGCGGCGCCUUCAUUGGGUAAAAUGAAGAAAUUUGCGAGCAGCAGAGAAGCACUCGGUGGAUUCGAAUGGACGGUCGAGAUGAAACGUGAAGAAUCUCGAUUGGACCAUCGCCGAUGUUACUCUUCCGAUGACGAAGAGGUGAUGAUUCCAUGCUCUGUAAGCCUGCCUCUGACUCAGCGAGAGGGUUUAAGUCUAUGUCCGAAACCGAAGAGUGAAGUUAAUUUGUGGAAGAGAAGAACUGUCGACCGACCAAAACCGCUUCAACUUAAAGCUACUUGCUGA